UAAAUUCUCAAGAUCCUCCAAUAAAGAUUGUUCGGAAGUUUCUUCAUCUUCUGGAUCAAAGUAAUGUUGACUUUGAAGAAGAAUUAGGUAAGCAGGCUCAUGUUCUUUGUUUGUUCAUCUUUCCAGGGCUUUCAGAAUUCUGAGUAGAUGGCUGAGGGGAGCGGUCUGGGGAGUCUUAAGUCACCCAAAUUAACUAGACAUAAGUGUAUAUUGAUUAGAUAACAACACAACUUAGCUCUGGAACCAAAUUAUAAUGUAUCACUACUUUUAUUCUUCAACAAGAUAACUUCAAGAUUUAAGAUGGCAAAUAACUAAAUCGGUUUUACGAAAUAGUACGUCGUUUUCGAAAAUAACCAGGCUAUAAAGUAGACCAGGUUGAGGAAAAAUAACUUUGUUUGAAAGCUUUGAGUGGAGGAAGGAGAGCAGAAUUGAUAUUUCAAGUACUAAACAAAAUAACCGACGGUAAACCUCGUGCCAUCCACUGGUGUAUUUUGAAAUCCCCAUCUUUCCUUGUUAAUCUUCUUUUAUUUUCUCGUCCCGAUAACUGGCGUUUGACCACCAUCUGCCGCAUGAUAUUCCUAUUGUGUUUUAGAACUACAGAAGCUCAAAGCACAAGUCGUCACAGAAAUUCGUUCAAAUCAGCAACUUGAACACGAUCUACAAGGCAUGGACAUCAAGAUUGGAUUGUUAGUCAGGAAUAAAAUUACUUUACAGGUGGGUUGGCAUGCCACUGAUCUCAUAUCAGGCCCGAAUGGACUCUUUGAAGGGACCAGCACUUGUAGUACUUGUAGUGUCAUCGUCACCACGCUUGACUUUCAAGCUGGGAGACCUGAGUUCAAUCCUUGGUCAGACCUCUACUCAAAGUCUUAAAAUAAUUGAGGAGAAAGAGCUACCUUUACAUUGACAUCAGUAAGUGGUUAGACUUUCGCGUCUUCUCGGAUAAGGACGUUAAAUCGUAGGUACCUCGGAUCCCCUAUUAAUUGAGCAAUAGAAUGUUGGGAAAUCCGUUCACCAAUGAGUGAGCAACUCGAUAAUGUACUCGGGUGUAAUGCACUCAGGUGAAUAUGAUGCUUGUGAUGUUACUCUGAGUAUAUAUCCACACCGGGCAAGCUUGAAAAAUAUACCUGACCACGGUGGGAAUCGAACCUACGAAGGUCGUAGGUUCGAUUCCCACCGUGGUCAGGUAUAUUUUUCAAGCCUGUCCGGUGUGGAUAUACACUCAGAGUAACAUCACAAGCAUCAAUAAACAACAGUGCCUUUCAGUUACGAUUCUUUGAUCGGAAUGUUCCACUGUAUUUUCAUUAUUCCUAUUUGUAACGUGGUGCAAAGGCUUAUAUAUAUACCUCUAGCAGCCAAACAUUAUUUUAGAAUCAAUUUCAUAAUCUUAAUCUCUUCCAAUUUUGCUUUUUUUUUUCAGGAUGUUAUAAUCCACAACAAAAAGUUGAGCAGAAAAGACCAAGAAGAUCUUCAGACUCUCGCUUCUUCGAACACAAAAGGAAUACGGUCGUUGAGCAAAGAAAGCCAAGAGAAACUCGAAGCUUAUCAAAAUCUUUUCUAUCUUCUUCAAACUAACCCUGUGUACUUAGCAAAACUCAUCUUCGAAAUGCCUCAGAGUAGAUCGACGAACUUUAUGGAAUCUGUGAUUCUGACCUUGUAUAAUUAUGCUUCGAAUACUCGAGAGGAAUAUCUACUCCUCAAGCUGUUUGAGACCGCGUUACGGGAAGAAAUCUUGUAUGUUCAACUUAGUUUUAAACUAAACUAACUUUAUUUAUACUGGAUAGCUUUACCAGUUCUAAACUGUUCCCCCUAGAGGUCUAGUAAGAGAUAUCUCGCAUUGAUCCAGUGUUACUACAGGGAAAACCUAAUUUUAAACUAACUUUAUUUAUACUGGAUAGCUCCAUCAGUUCUAAACUGAUCUCCUAGAAGCUCAGUAAAGAACAUCUGGUAUUGGUCCAGUGUUACUACACAAGGAAACCUAAACUAAACUAACUUUAUUUAUACUGGAUAGCUCUAUCAGUUCGGGCAGUUUUUAUUUGCCCACUGUUACUACAGAAGGAAAGCUGCAAUGUUUCACAUAUUCACACUAAAAAGCCUCUACUUAAUCUUACCUGAAACAGACUUAGUCCACCAUCUCUUCUUACUAAAGUAAUAUUAAUGUUUCAUUGCUAGUUCAAAGAUCGACAGCAUUCAAGAGAUAGUAACAGGAAACCCAACAGUAAUAAAAAUGGUCGUUGGAUUUAACAGGUUAGAAAAACAAAUUUAAAGAAAAAUUCAACGCAGAAAUUGAGUUAAUUCAUUGACUUUUGCUACCGUAGUGUUGAGACAACGAUAGGAUGCUGAUUUCCUUGUGAUUUGCACAUGAAUUCUCGAGUUUGAGUUAGAUAUUUGCAUCACAAUUUUGUGUGAAACUGUUUUAAUAAGAAACUUUUUCCUUCUUGUUUUCAGAGGAACACGUAAUCAAGGUUCGUUGAGGGAAUUACUUCAGCCUCUGGUUCAGACAGUCUUAGAUGAUUCAACUUUGAAUACGUCAACGAAUCCAGUGGAAAUUUAUAAAAACUGGAUCAAUCAACAGGAGUCUGAAACUGGACAAGCAACGUAAGUGAGCUGGAAUAUCCUUUGGACUUGUAGCAAUGGAAUUUACUGGGGGGGGGGGGGUGAAGGGAGGUAUACAUCCCUACUAGUUUUGAAAAGGGGAUUCAAAGGAGGUGCCAAUUUUCUUAUCAAAUCCAUUUUUAGAUUUGGAAAGGCAAAAAUAAAAACAAACAUAAAAUAGAAAUAACAUGUGAUAGCAACAUGAUAGAGGCUUUGAUGGUCAAAGGCCCCCCCCCCCGAACCAUUACCAAAGUUCAAUGAGCAUACACAAACUCCCCUUCCUGAAUUUAUUAGUGACGAGGUUUAUACUAAAGAAGAAUUAUCUGCAUGCUUGUAUGAACUUGGGCAAAGUGCAAUAGUUAGUCUAAUAAUUUGCCUGUAAAUGCACACAGCAAACAGACCGGUGAUCAGUGGAGACGAACAGUAUCUCUAGUGUAAAUUCGGUCUCAUUGUUUAAUCUUUUCCAGGAAACUUCCUUACGAUGUUGACCCAGAGAAAGCUUUGGAACAUCCCGAAGUCCGAAGUAAAGUCGAGGCAGCCAUAAGCAGAUUGACCGCGGCUACUGACAGAUUUCUACAGAGUAUUACUGCCAGUGUUGACAAAAUACCGUAAGGAUUUGUUUGUAACUAUAUAAACUCAACGAUAACUAAACUAUAAACUAUAAACUAAACUACAAACUAUAAACUAAACUUCAAACUAUAAACUAAACUAAAAACUAAACCAAAAACUAAACUAAAUUAAUUAACCUGAACUAGAUGUACUUUAUUUAUACUGGUAGCUUAUCAGUUCUAAAUUGUCGUACUGCUUUGUCAUUAAUACACGAAAUUCUAAUUCUUCAGAUAUGGUAUUCGAUAUUUGGCGAUGACUCUCCGAACCUGUAUGGCAGAGAAAUUCCCCAAAGCUGGAAAAGACGAAAUAUUACGAGUAAGGAAAGAAAAUUUGUAAAACACACCACGAAUUCCUGAUGGGUUUUAAUCUUUAAAUUUAUAUUUGUGUCCAGGUUGUUGGCAAUCUGAUAUAUUAUCGUUAUAUGAAUCCGGCCAUUGUUGCGCCCGAUGCGUUUGAUAUUGUUGAUGUUACUGUUGACAAAGGUUUAAGUGUUGAACAGGUACAGUUAUUGUGCUCUUAUUAAAGUAAACUAACUGUUUUAUACUGCAGGAUAGCUCUUACCAGUUCUAAUCUGUUCCUCCUAGAGGUCCAGUAACGUUCAUCCCUUAUUGACCCAGUGUUACUAGAGGAAGAAAACUAAACUAAACUAACUUUGCUUACACUGGAUAGCUCUAUCUAUUUCCUGGCUGAAACUUCUUACACUUGAGGAUUUCCAUGCUGACACUUUUUACACUUGAGCAUUUCUAUGCUGAAACUUGUUACACUUGAGAAUUUUCAGGCUGAAACGCCUAACACUUGAAGAUUUUCAAGUUAAGACUUAUUAUUACAUGUGAGGACUUGCAAGCAGAUUUACGUCUUAGAUCCAGUGUUACUACAGGAGGAAACCUAAACUAAAUCAACUUCAUGGGCGUACCGGAAGGAAAAAAUUAGGGGGGCGGAAAGAAAAUUGCCCGACUUUUCGGGAUUCUGCCUGACUAGUACCAAAAACUUUUUUCCGGAAAAAUUAUUUUGGCGACCUCCCCGAAUAUUGCCCGACUGCCCAAAAAACUGGGGGGCUACCGCCCCCCCCCCCCGCCCGGUACGCCUAUGAUCAACUUUAUUUAUACCGGAUAGUUCUAUCAGUUCUAAACUGUUCUUCCUUGAAGACGAGCACAAGGGUCAUCUGUUGUUGACCCAGUUUAAUUACAGGAAGAGUUGUAAUCAUAAUUCAACAUACUUACGUUCUUUUUGCUUUCUUGCAGAGACGAAAUCUUGGUUCUAUAUCCAAAUUACUUCAAGAUGCGGCUUCGAAUAAGAAGGUACUUGUAUAAAGCAAUGAAUAUCGAAACUUUAUUGCCAUUCUUUAUAUAAUUGUGUUUUUGUCAUUUCAUCUAAUAGAUAUUUCUAAAUGAGUUUUCAUUUCUUCUUAGUUUGGUGGCGAAAGUGCUCAUUUGAAUGCGCUUAAUCCGUACCUAGAGAAAGCUCAUCAAAAAUUCUUGUAAGUGUAGAUGGUUUUAGGGUCAGAAGAUUAACAUUAUUUCCUCUCUCAGAAAGCUGCUGAUUGGUCACCAACUAGUGCUUUGGUGAAACAUUUUACAGUCAUGCAUACAUAUUUCUGUUUUGUAACAUAUUGUACUUUCUUCCCUCGCAGGAAAUUUUUCAUGGCCGCGUCAAGUGUUGAGCAACCCGAAAGUAAAUUCAAUAUUGAUGAAUACAGUGACGUAGUCAUGUUGACGAAGCCAGUCAUCUAUAUCUCAAUUAGAGAGAUCUGUGAUACUCAUAAACUGUUGUUAGACCAUCGUAAUACCAUUGCACCAGAUAUGAAUGACCCUCUUCAAGAAUUAUUGGACGAUGUUGGUGACCAGCCUGAUGUUAAAGAACUUCUGGGUAGGUUCUUGUCAUAUUUGAAUUUUCCAAUUGCCUUUAAAAGUAAACUAACUUUAUUUAUACUGGAUAGCUCUAUCAGUUCUAAACUGUUCUUCCUGGAGGUCCAGCAAGGAUCAUCUGUUAUUGAUUGUCCAGUGUUACUACAGGAGGAAACCUAAACUAAGCUAACUUUAUUUAAGCUGGAUAGCUCUAUCAGUUCUAAACUGUUCUCUGUAGAGGUCCAGCAAGGAUCAUCUCUUAUUGAUCCAGUGUUACUACUGGAGGAAAACUAAACUAAACUAAACUAAACUAACUUAAUUUAUAUUGAAUAACUCUGUCAGUUCUAAACUGUUCUCCCUAGAGGUCCAGUAAGGAUCAUCUCUUAUUGAUCCAGUGUUACUACAGGAGGAAACCUAAACUAAACUAACUUUAUUUAUGCUGGGUAGCUCUAUCAGUUCUAAACUGUUCUCUGUAGAGGUCCAGUAAGGAUCAUCUCUUUCUGAUUCAUUGUUUAUUACAGUAGCAAACAAGUGUACGGAAAGAAAAGCUGCGGUGUUCUGGAAGCUCUCCAUCGCAUGCGACUAAUAAAACCACAUACUUGAUGUAGGUAAUGUUGAAGUGGCUGAAGGACAGACGGAAGAAGACGCGCUACGCGAUCAAGCAAAAACUGAAAUAUCUCUCACUUUAUCCAACAAAUUUGAAGUCCCGGAUGACGAUGACUCAGAUCUACGCGCUCUCUUUGUAAGGUAGGAUUGUCGCGUAAAGAAUACAACCCCAAUCAAACGGCAAUGAGAGUUGAUAAGGGUUGACAGUCACACAUUGUUACAGGGGACAUUUCAAGCUCUAGAUGAACAAAAUAAAGGUUUGAUGAAUGUUCCAACUAUGUUUUAACUUCAAUAGAAUACAUGAUAGUGUUGGGAAAGCAUUAAGAACAGCUAACCAAGGUCACGUGACUACCAACUCUCAUGCACGCUCUGGCUUUAAGUUCUUUAAUUUCGAUAUACUCACGAAUUAUUCUCCUUCCAGAACGAAGCAUCUUAUUGUUGACGUCAUUCGAGUUCAGGCCGGAGACACUUUGACUGAAAUUUUAGAAACACCAGCCACGGAGGAACAGGUACGAUUUUAUCCAUUGCUGUAAUUUCAUUCCGCAAUGAACUGAAAGAAAUGAAGAUUUAGGCCACGGAGAUAUCGGUUACAUUCGUAAACUCUUUGAAUUUGUUGGAGAUACAAAGUCCCAAUAAGAUCAUCAAGUACGGAUUAAAAAGUUCCCAAAGUUAAUAUUCUGAGUCUGGGAAAUCAAAGAUAUCUUGUAGUGGGGCAAUGUUUUUUAACUGUCUCCCAAAGAUAUCCAAAACAAAUCACUGAAAAAAAUCUCUUAAGCUACUUUAUCUUGAACAAAAUAUUAAUCCCCUACACCUAGAAGACUAAUUAUAAUUGUAUUUGUGACUAUAAUUGUAAUUAGUAUUGUACCGUACAUACAUACAGUACAUUCUACUUUGCUUAAUGAAGGCCACCUGGAAAAAUACUAUUUGUAGAUAUGGUUUUUUUUUACCUUCUUCCCUCAAAAAAGUAUGAAAUGAAGCAUGGGCGGAUUUACUGGGGGGUUAAACCCCCCUAGAAUCUCUCUAACCCCUCUUAUAAAGUGUUCAACCCCACCAAAAUUUUGCUUAACCCCUCCUAUUUAGUGUGAAAGUCUUUAACCCUAACGCCUAACCCCUGCCGAAGCUCACUCAGUGGUGCUGCUUGCACCCCACUUUUCUACCCCUCCUUUAAGAAAAAUGAAAAUCCGCCCUUGAAACGAAGUAAUCAAGUGUUGUCCUCAAAAUUUGUUUUCUUCAGGAAAAAGAACACAUGACGUGGGUGAAACAAAGAGAGCAACAAGAUUCGAAAAAGGAGGAAAAACUGAGAAAAUCAGCGUCCAUCCAUGGAGAUUCAAAGUAAAAUAUCCAUUUUAUAUAUAUAUAUAUAUAUAUAUAUAUAUAUAUAUAUAUAUAUAUAUAUAUAUAUAUUUUUUAAACAUGGAAAAGAGUAUUGGAUACUUUGAAGUCUGUUCACGACCCCACAAACAUUAGCUGCAAGUUUUUUUCAGAAGAGAACCGUGUAUAACUCAUCUUUGUUUUGCUUUUAAACUUCUAGUUUACCAGUUGAGGGAAUCAAGAGGAAGAUAAUACGAAAUCUUCGCGUACUGGAGAACCAGGGUCUCGUUACAACGAAGAAUAACUAUCAAGAUAUCGUCAACGCAAUAGCUAGGGUAUGAGACUAAUAAAGAUAUCCAGUAUAUUUAAAGUUAGUUUGAGUAAUAAACUCCUGCAGUAACACUGGAUCAAUAAGAGAUGAUCCUUACUGGACCUCUAGGGAGAACAGUUUGGGAAUGAUAAGGCUACCCAGUAUAAAUGAAGUUAGUUUAGUUUGGGUUUCUUCCUGUGGUAACACUGAGUCAAUAAGAGAUGAUCCUUACUAUACCUCUAGGAAGAACAGUUUAGAAGUAGUAGAGCUAUACAGUAUAAAUAAAUUUUCGUUUCCCCCUGGAUCAAUAAGAGAUGGCUUUAAUGGACUUCUAGAACAGUUUAGAACUGAUAGGACUGUCCAGUAUGAAUGAACUUUUUUUUGUUUUUUUUGUUCCUCAGGACAUACGUAAUCAGAGAAGAUACAGACUACGGCGCAAACAGGAACUAAGGAAACUGGAAACUACUUUAGAACGACUUAAAACAAAAGCGACGUUUUAUGAAGAACAGAUGGAUUAUUACAACAGAUAUAUUGAGACUUGCUUAGAUAAUCUCGCUGGCAAGGAAUCAAUGUAUGUACAGUAUUAAAACUUUAUGUUUAGAAACUUUCCAUGUUGCUGGUAGCGGUGUUCGUUUCCAUGUUGCUGGUUUUGUUGGUAUAGUGGUAGCGGUGGUGGUGAUGAUGGCGAUGGUGGUGAUGGUGUUGAUAUUAAUGGUAUUGAUGAUGAUGAUUGUCGUUGUUGUUAACGUAUUUGUGUUUCUUUCAAAGAGCUCAGCGUAAAGAGAAGAAGAAACAAGUUGGUUUCAAAACUGCCGUCAAGUACAGCGCUCAGAAGUUGGCGGAGAAAGGAGUUGUUCUCGAAAUAGAAGGAUUACCCAAGAACCAGUACGUGCCACAAACUAUGUGGAAACAUUUAAACUUGAUUAAACAGCCGUAGUUAGUGUCUGAAAACCUGAAAACAAAUUCCUUCGAUUUCCCGCAGCUUCGAAAAUAGCAAAGUUUAUUUCAUAUUUUUUUCUCUUCUGCUAAGGUUAAAGAAUGCAUCAUUCGAGAUCGUGCCGGCUGACUCAGGAGUGUUUGAAGUCUCGGCGAAAUUUAUGGGAAUUCCUAUGGAAAAAGUCGAAAUCGUCUUUCAGGUUUGUUCUUUGAUUGUGAGUAGAUAGGUAGAUAGCUAGGUGUAGAUAAACUUGCUACAUGUCGAGGUCUAGAUAGGCUUGCUACAAACCUGCAGCAGACUUGUAGCGAUACUGUCCCAACAACUUGUCAACAGGAUGUGUUCGCACUGCUUGUUCCCAGCUUGUCGACAAGCUGUCAACGGCUUGCUGACAGCUUGCUAUACAAGGUUGUUGAACUUAACAGUCUUGUUACAAGUUGUCCAGUUGCUACAUCGUCCUGACAACCUUGUAGCAAUUUGGUGAAAUAACAGCAUUGUUACAACUUGUUGACAAGCUUGCUACAAGCCUGUUGCGAACACAUUUUGUUGACAAAUUGUGAGAUUUUUACCUGUGGAGACCCCAAAAGAACAGUUUACUUGAAAUGAUAGAACUGUCCUGUAUAAAUAAAGUUUCUUCCCUCAUUUUAGGACUUACUUCAACUUCAAUUUGAAGGUGUAGCGGUGAUGAAAAUGUUCGGAAAAGCUAAAGUCAAUGUCAAUCUACUUAUUCAUUUACUGAAUAAGAAAUUCUAUGGUAAAACAUGAACAAAACAUUUCCAAUAAUAAAAUGAAUCAGAAUUUUUAUAAAGAAACACUAUGCGUUAUUUAAUACCGCUAUGCAACACGCCUGUAGUCGUUGCCCUAUUAUUUGGGGCGAAUUCAUAUUAUAGUCGAGUGAAAAUAAAAUAUAACGGGGUCGUGGCAUUCUUCUUAAGAACUUGUAACUAUAGAUAGCGUUCUUAAAUUCAGCACAAACCAUCGUGUAUGGCAUCAAGGCCGAAACUAACUUAAAAUAAAGUAUUUCAAACGUGGUGGUCCAGUGUAGGUAGUAUUCUACAAUAAGCUGUCGUGGUUUGUGCUUGAACUACCUGAAAAAGAUAUAUCAAACAUGGUGGUCCAGUGUAGGUAGCCUAGUAUUCUACAUUAAACUGCCGUGGUUUGUGUCUGAAUUACCUGAAAAAGAUAUCUGAAACGUCGUGGUCUGAACUGCCUGGAUAUAUAAGAUUAAAACACUGGCGUAGAAUACUGUAGUGUGUUUAGUAACUUCCUGACGAACAACCUGAAUGUAUUUUAAUCUUUUUCAUGGCACAAACCGCAUUAGCUUAUGACAGUACAAUAUCUAUCGAGAAAGGAUGUUAUCUUAUUGGUUAUUGCCUCUGAUUGCGGUUAAACGUUGCGGUCAACAUACUCAAAUACAGUACACAUAUAAAAUAAAUUAUGGUAAUUGGCUAACUGGCUUCCAAUAUUUUAGUUUAAGGCUAAUAUUCUGGUUAGGACUGGAGAAAGGUUUAAGAAUUUUUCUAAGUGUAUGGUUGUUAAUUCGUUCUAAGGUAGCCGCCAUCUUGAAAACUUCCUCUCUUGCAACGAGCAAGUUAUUUUUACGUCAAUAAGGGACUAUUUCCUCCUUGUACACUCUUCAAAACAUCCGUCGUGGCUAGAGAGACAACUCUCGCCCAUCCGUAGUACAGUCUGUUCGUACACAAACCUCAAAUUCAUUAAUUGAUGAGAAAACCGCACAGGAAAUUAGCACAAUCCUCGUCGAGGACAAAGAAAAAUAUAUCUGUGUUUAAAGUUGUUUGUUGAUAUCGUUAUGUGUCACUCGCACGAGUAUAUUUUUCUUCUUGACCGAAACGAUGAUGAGAACUGGCAUGCAUUCACGAAUUGUUACAGGGGAUAUUUCAAGCUUUAGAUUAACAAAAUUGGGUUUGAUAAAUGUUCCAACUAUGUUUUAACUUAAUGUUCGAAAAGUAUUAACAAGGUCGCGUGACUUGCCAGAUCUUCUCGUUCGAUCCGAGCAAUAUCCGAAUGGACUUAACAUAGGCAGCGUUUACACUGUACCGUUUUCGCAGCGUUCUCGUAUUGUUCGAGAGAACUAGACUAUUGUCUUGCGUUCCCUUGAGGAUUAAGAACAAUACGAGAACGCUACGAAAACGGUACAGUGUAAACGCUGCCAUAAUAUAGCGAUAUAACCACCAUAUGAUAUGGUUGUCUUGAAACCACGGCAAAGCAUGCGCUUAAACGACCGUUUCGUUCAAGUUUAUGAGAAGUUUUCACAGACUCGAAGUUGUUUAUUUAGUGAUACCAUGACAGUGCGUUACUGCGUCAAGAACAUGACGCCCAAGAUGGCUU